UGAUCAAAUGGGAUUCGCAAUAAUCCGAAAUCCCAUCUGUCAAAAACCAUAUGUUCGCAUCAACAAUCUGUGUUUUAGUGCAAAAUAUGGAAGUUCUGCUUUAUAAUAAUUAUCUAAAGGUUACAAUUGUAGUCAGAUAUACAGACCGUGAACUAAUCUCAACCAUCUAAACUCCUCAAUCAUCAGAGAAUGAGUUCUCUAACAUCGGCUAGAAACGGCUCGACUGAAUCUUCAACGGAUGGGGAAGACCAAGACGAGUCUUCUUCUUCAAUCAAUCAGGGCGUUGAGGACGUCCUCACCAGCUUUCGGGAAAAAUGGCAAAAAGAACUGCAGAUAUCACCGAAAAAACCCAAACAAAAGUCGCAAGAGACACAACCGGAGCUGGACGACGAAACCCAAGCCAAGAAAUUGUUCCUCAAAGGAGUUGAACUGGAAAAGUCCGGAAAAUUAUACGAAGCCAUCCAGUUUUACAGACGGGCAGUUCAGCUUGUCCCAGACAUAGAAUUCCGGAUUGAUAACGCCAUCAAAACCCGUGAUAUAACAAUCCCAGAUGAAGAAAUCGACGAAAAAGAGGAAGAAAGUUCCGAUAGCGACCACGAUGAGGAAAUUCCAGAGGGUGAGCUGCUUCAACGCAUUCAAAAAAAACUGUCCAAAAUGUCGGCCAUUUGCGUUCCAAAAAUUGAACAAAAAACUACCCACAUCUCAGUCUUGCCAAUGGAAAUGCUUUUGAAUAUUUUGCGGUGGGUGGUGAGUUCUGACCUUGACUUGAGGUCUUUGGAGAUGUUUUCAUUGGUUUGCCGGGGUUUUUAUUUAUGUGCGCGCGACCCGGAACUGUGGCGGUUGGCAUGCUUGAGAGUCUGGGGUUUAAAUUGCGGGAAUUCUCCUUAUAAUUACUUAUCUUGGCGUCAUAUGUUUAUCGAGCGAACUCGACUACAUUUUAACGGUUGUUAUAUUGGCAAAACUACUUAUAUAAGACAUGGGGAAAACAGUUUCCAGGAUCAAUUUUACCGGCCUUGGCAUCUAGUCUCGUAUUAUAGAUAUUUAAGGUUUUUCCCCGAGGGGGUGGUGCUCGUUUUAACUUCGUCAGAGGAACCGGCUCAAUGUGUGAGUCAGAUGAAGAGCAGGAAUGCUCGAAGUCCGAUUUUGAGGGGGUACUAUCUUUUGAAAGAUGAUAAAGUAACUUUGGUUGUGCAAAGACAGGAAAAUAAACACGUUCAAGCCUAUAAGAAGAAACGCAGAGGGGGGGAUUUGAGGGAAACGGCGGAGCAGACAUUUCACAUGGAAUUACAAAUUAAGAGUACCAAUAAGAAACGGCAUGUGCAGUUGGUAUGGACACACUAUUCCGUUUUUACGAGGACACUCAAAGGUGACGAAAGUACCUGCAAUUUUGACUUGCUCGGUAACCGAUUUCCCCCAUUUUGGUUCUCGAGAGUCAAGAGUUACACCUCAGAGUCUGAUAGUCCUCUGCAGUAGCUUUUUUGAUUUUUUUAAGGAAACGAAGAGGGAAUUUAUUUUUGGAAGGGAUUCAUAUUUUCAUAGUACUUCUAAUAUUUAUUUAAAUAUCUAUACACAAAAUGUACAUAAUUUAUUGAUAAUAAAGGAAGAUUUUAUUUUA